AUGACAGGUAAUGCACGAGAACGGUUUUCCGGCGGACAAACUAACGUGGUUGGUCGAAGCUACACUGGAGCGAAUGAUGUGCUGCAUGCGUGCUUCGGGGGCACUCUUGAGCAUAUUACUCUUUUCAACAUUGACGUUGAAGCUACAACUGGUUUAUGUCGAUUUGCAUGUCUGGUCUCCAGUCCACCGUACAUGUCAGUGGCAUCGUCGAUGAUGCAAUCAUUGUCCCACCCAUCGAUUCUGACAAUGCCGGGACUUGAUCAACCGCAAAACACGUCCAGCCUGUUACAACCGCAGGCGCAUCAUUACCAGCAUCACAACCUCCUACAUCUACCGGCGGUCAGCAAUGAAUCCCCACGGAACGAUAUGGUGGAUCCACCUAAUCCGGAACUGCUGCUGGCACUGAUAGCACGGAAUAAAGCAUUCGAAGCGACAAUUCCGAAGUGCGGAGGCUGUCAUGAACUGAUUCUGGACAGGUUCAUCCUAAAAGUAGCCGAUCGAACGUGGCACGCCAAGUGCCUUCAAUGUAGUGAGUGCCACGUGCAACUGAACGAGAAAUGCUUCGCUCGAAACGGUCAAUUGUUCUGCAAGGACGACUUUUUUAAGUCCUGCAGGCGGUACGGAACGAAAUGUGCGGCCUGUGAUCUAGGGAUCCCUCCUACGCAAGUGGUCCGACGGGCACAGGAUAACGUAUACCACCUGCAGUGCUUUAUGUGUUCGAUGUGCUCCCGACAACUCAACACCGGCGACGAGUUCUACUUGAUGGAGGACGGCAAAUUGGUUUGCAAGCCGGACUACGAAGCCGCUAAAGCGAAAGGUUUGUAUCUUUCCGAUGGAUCAUUAGACGGGGAAUCAUCAAACAAACGUCCACGCACAACAAUUACCGCCAAACAGCUGGAGACGCUCAAGAGUGCUUAUAACAGUAGUCCAAAACCAGCACGACAUGUCCGCGAACAAUUAUCUCAGGACACCGGAUUGGAUAUGCGAGUGGUCCAAGUUUGGUUUCAAAACAGAAGAGCCAAAGAGAAACGACUGAAAAAGGAUGCUGGCCGAACCAGAUGGAGUCAAUACUUCCGCUCGAUCAAGGGUGGCAGUUCGCCAAGUAGACACGAUAAACUGUUAGAUAAGGAUGAAUUGAAACUGGAUCUAGAUAGCUUCAGCCAUCAUGAUCUGAGUAACGAUAGUUAUAGUACUUCAAAUAUGGGCCUGGAGGACGGUGCUUCGCCACACAGUGGACGAGGGUCCUACAUACAUGGCAAUGGAAGUCCUCCACCGUACUUGUCUAGUCAUUCUCCUCCGCCCAUCGGACCGGGUCACCACUAUGGUUCCUAUCCGGAUAACAUUGUAUAUACACCACUAGGUCAGCCUGUCAACUCGAUACGCCAUGGCAAUCCCCGGGGUCCCCACGGACUGCACGGUAGUGGCGUAUCAGAUUUAAGUAACGAUUCUAGUCCCGCCCACGGGUAUCCAGAUUUUCCACCCAGUCCCGAUUCGUGGCUUGGUGAAUCCUGCACUCCGAACGGAGCCGUUCCAACGGUUGUACAACAGCAACAGUCGGCUCCGCAGCCACCGCAAACCAACGGUAAUCAGAUUCCAACCGCGUUGCAUUAUUGA